AUGGCGCCACGAGGAACAACCCCAGCCUACGUGGUAGGUGUUGGCCUUACCAAAUUUCUAAAGCCACGCCGAACACGUGAAUAUCCAGAACUUGGUUAUGAGGCAGGAGUCAAGGCUAUGCUGGAUGCUGGCAUCACUUACGACGAUGUCGAGACUGGUAUUGCAUGUUACUGUUAUGGCGAUACAACAAGCGGACAGCGCAUUUUCUACCAGUUCGGCAUGAGCACCAUUCCAAUCUACAACACAAAUAAUGCUUGUGCAACGGGCUCAACUGGUCUACACAUGGCUCGGACGUUGGUCAGGAAUGGUGCAGUCGAUUGUGUCCUUGUCAUCGGUUUCGAGCAAAUGAGUCCAGGUAGCAUCAAGAGUGUUUGGAGUGACAGACCUAGCCCUAUGGGAUUGUCAACUGCCAUGAUGGAAGAGACUGCAGGAAAGCACGAUACUCCAAGAAAUGCCCAGUAUUUUGGCAACGCUGGAAAAGAGUAUAUGGACAAGUAUGGUGCGAAAGCCGAAGACUUCGCAGAAAUUGCUCGCAUCUCUCACGAACACUCGCAACGGAAUCCGUACGCACAAUUUCAGCAAAAGUAUACUCUGGAAGAAAUAUUAAACAGCCCCAUGAUACACCCACCUCUUACAAAGCUGCAAUGCAGUCCUACUUCCGAUGGCGCAGGCGCAGCAGUUAUCGUCUCACAAUCCUUCCUCGAUGCCCGACCACACUUGAAGAGUAAGGCGAUCCUGAUCGCAGGACAACAGCUUAUGACAGAUUCUCCACAACUAUAUUCCAAAAGUGCGAUGGAUCUUGUCGGCUUUGACAUGACCAAGCGAGCAGCCAAGGCAGCCAUGCAAGAGGCAGGAGUUACACCUAAACACAUCAAAGUAUGCGAACUACACGAUUGCUUCAGCACGAACGAGCUCAUUCUCCUCGACGGAUUAGGGUUCAGCGAGCCGGGUAAAGCACACGAGAUGGUGAGGAGAGGAGACAUAACAUAUGGUGGAAAGGGCCCCAUCAUCAACCCAUCAGGUGGACUGAUUAGCAAGGGCCACCCAUUAGGCGCAACAGGCCUUGCCCAAUGCGCAGAGUUGAUAUGGCAAUUGAGAGGGUGGUGUGUGAAUGGUCGGCUUGCGAAGGAUGCCGACGUUGCAUUGCAGCAUAACCUUGGUUUGGGUGGUGCUGUUGUUAUCAACGUGUACAAGAGAGCUGAUGGCAGGAGAAACACUGAUGCUCCGAUGAGUGCUGAGGAGAUCAGUAAGAGCAGUGGUCUUGGGUAUAACCCAGCAGUUGAGGCGAGAUAUGUUACGCCUGCUGAUGGCGAGAAGGUUCGGAGUAAGAAGUUCAAGGAGGAGUAUGCCUUAGGAGAUACCGUGGAAAAGCUCCAGGCACGAUUGUAG